UGAUGGACGCGCCAGCCUGCAGCUCUUAGCCCGUUUUGUGCCGACAAUCGUUCGCGUUCGCGAGUGAAGUUCCCCAAGUACCAAGUACCCAAGUUUCCACUUUCCCCAGACAGUAGUGUCUCCGAGAUGCCGAGAUAUAGCGCCCAGCAGCGUACGUAAGCAGGGGAAAACGGCAGAAACGAAAUAAAUAAAUAAGUGCAAGACACAACUGGAGACGCUGGAUGCCAACUUCAAUUUGUGGGCCACAUCCGCAGUAGAGUCGUGUUCGGGCCCUGUGCCUCCAGUGAUGCCAUGGAAAACUUCUUCAAUUUCCCGGCAAAGAGCCGAGCAAAUUGAAGCGCAUAAAUAUUUGAGUUUGAGCAUUACUGCGAAUCGAAAGUGAAGUCUAAGGACUUCAAGUGAGAGAUCCUGACAACAGCAGCCAAGUGCCGGGACCAGCCGGAGUGUAAACAAUUACGCAAACGGACAGCCCGAAACAGGAAUAGCCCAGUCAAAACGUUAGGAAACAAAAAAAUGAAAAUUAAAAUGAAAAUAUUUCCGCUGGCAGCGGAAGCAGCGACGAGCCGCGGCUCUGCCCAGAUGCAGCGGAAACGCCGAAUGCCGGAAAUAUCCUCGCGGCUAAUUGUUGCCGCCGCCGCUGUCGCCUCGCUCCUCUGCCUCUCCCGCUCGCUCUCGAUCUCCGUGUGUGCCGCCCAGGAGAGCGACGACGAAGGCGACCUGCACCACCUGGAGCAGAUGCACCACCUGGACCAGCACCCGGACUUUAUAAUCGGCGAGUCCGAGGAGCGCGAUCACAUUGCACAUCAUUUGGCGGAAAUGCAAAAUAAGGAUGAGCUACUUGAGGACAUACGCGAGGAUACGGUCGUCAAUGCGAUACCCGAGAAAGAUCUGCCCAAGUUCGGCGAGCUCCUGCAGAAUGUGACAGUGCCAGUGAGCCGGGAGGCAGUGCUUCAGUGCGUGGUCGACAACCUGCAGACAUACAAGAUUGCGUGGCUACGUGUCGAUACACAGACCAUUUUAACGAUACAAAAUCACGUCAUAACCAAAAAUCAUCGCAUGAGCAUAACUCACGCCGAGAAACGUGCCUGGAUAUUGCGUAUACGUGAUGUAAAGGAGUCGGACAAAGGCUGGUACAUGUGCCAAAUAAACACGGAUCCCAUGAAGAGUCAAGUCGGUUACCUGGAUGUAGUCGUGCCCCCCGACAUACUGGACUAUCCGACUAGCACCGAUAUGGUAAUACGUGAGGGCUCCAACGUAACCCUCAAGUGUGCCGCGACGGGAUCCCCGACCCCCACGAUAACCUGGCGCCGCGAAGGUGGCGAACUGAUACCGCUGCCCAAUGGAGCCGAGGCCGUCGCCUACAAUGGAUCCUUCCUGACCAUCGCCAAAGUGAACCGGCUGAACAUGGGCGCCUAUCUGUGCAUCGCCUCCAAUGGCAUUCCGCCAACAGUCAGCAAGCGUGUGAUGCUCAUUGUGCACUUUCCACCCAUGAUUUGGAUACAGAAUCAAUUAGUUGGCGCCGCCCUCUCGCAGAACAUAACUCUGGAAUGCCAGUCGGAGGCGUAUCCCAAGUCCAUCAACUACUGGAUGAAGAACGACACGAUUAUAGUGCCAGGUGAGCGCUUUGUGCCGGAAACCUUUGAGUCGGGCUACAAAAUAACCAUGCGCCUGACCAUCUGCGACGUCGACCUGCAGGACUUUGGAGCCUAUCGUUGCGUGGCCAAGAACUCCCUGGGCGACACCGAUGGCGCGAUCAAACUGUAUCAUAUUCCACAAACCACCACAAUGACAACAAUGGCUCCAACAGUAUCCAUAAACACAGUGCCCGUGGUCCUGGUGAAGUACAACAAAGAACAACGCUACAACAGUGGCAGCAACCAGAACCAGAACUCCAACGGAAAUCCUUACAACUUCAAUCCGGGCAACAGUCAACAGAACUCGAAGACGCAGCGCAACAAGGCCAACGGCAAGAACUCGGACCAGGCAUCGUCCGGACUGAACAAUGUCUAUGUGGGUGCCACCUCCAGUCUUUGGAACUCGCAGGAUCACUACUCGUCCUCCUCCUCGAGGGGCAGGGAUCAUCACCAGCAGCAACAGCAGCAGCAACACCAGCAACACCAGCAACAGCACCACGGAUCCGAUCAUGGUGCCACCUAUCGCUCGGAUGGCAAGAGCCCGCACCUCACAAAGCACGAUGCCAAGUCCUUGACGGACGACCUGGAUCGCAUGCAGGAUCUCAAGAGCUGGGCCCAUCACCUGGCUCCCUAUGCACCCAUAUUUGGCUUACCAUUUAUACUGGCUGCCAUUUACCUGGAGACGUGGCAGGAGUAAAGAUUUGUACAAAAGAAAAGUAAAGGGACAACCGCGCGGCGUUAAAAGAAAAAAACCAAAGUUAGUCUAACUAAGGAUACACUAAUUCGUAAGCAAUACCCCUAUAAAUCGUGUUGGUCAAAAACAAACUUUUAUUUUUGUGCUGAGUGGAGGGAAAGUUGCUUACUGUAAAAAGUUGUUGAUGUUUAAGGUAAUCUAGCAUUUAAGUGGAGAAUGAAAAGGAUCCGAAAAUAUUAUGGGCAACGGAAAUUCAAAGUAUUAGAAUGUAAAACAUAAGGGCUUAAUAAUAAUAAUAAUAAUUAUAAUAAUAAUAAUAAUAACGAAAUGUUCUUAAGCCUACCAACUGAGACUUGGGCCGAGUUUAGAUCUAAGUCACCGGGGUCAAACGAUGCCAUCACUCUUACUUUUAGCCCCGUUCUAGCUUAGUUUUCAAGCACUGCAAGCUGUAUGAUAAAUAAAACAUAAAAACAAUGUCAUUUUGAUUUAACAGAAACGAAAUAAAAAUGCCGUCUAAAAACAUGUAA